GCGAGACUAGGGAGAGUCCCUCUAAGUAUGUAUAUCUAGUUGUGCUCACGUGCGACAGACCACGUCUAAACAGUUGUUUUUACCACACACCGAAGGGGACCCUGUCGUAAAAACUGGACUCAACUGUAACUUCGCGUUGCAGUUAAUCCGCGUUCUUGUCACUUCCAUCAGCGCAUGCAGCCAUUGCUUUUUGCCGCAAAUGUACGUUAGUGCGCGUUUCUGAAACGUUGCGUUAGCGCAAAUCUCCAAAAUGUUCGAGGAAAAUGCUUUUGGUAUCGACUGCUCGGCGAACGCAACUGCUACCACGAACGUUACUAUGAACGUCCGCGUGUCGGGUACGACGGUUUUCGUCCUCGCGUGGCCAUUCAUUGUAUUCGAUAUUGCCCCUAUUCCCAUCGGUAGGCCGACAGCCGCUAUGGUAGGUGGCAUGUUCAUGGUCAUUUGUCGAGUCUUUACGCAAGAUCACGUCUAUAAGAUCAUCGGCGAGCGAGACAACCUGCAGACGCUCUAUCUCCUCAUAGGUAUGAUGAUACUGUCCUACUUCUUCGAACGGGAAGGCAUUCUGCAGGCACUGCUCAUCAAAUCGUUCAAAUCAGAUCAACCGUUCACGAAGAUUCUGUGGAAAGUCUGUGUCAUGUCGGGUGUCCUCGACGCCUCUGUUACAAAUGAUGCGGCGUGUGUCAUUCUGACACCUCUACUACUUGAAGAGCAUCAAAAACAAGGUCGAUCACACAGAGAGCUCCUUCCAUUCUGUUUGGCCAUUGCUACUUCGGCCAACAUCGGAAGUGCGGCCACGGUGUUUGGCAAUCCGCAGAACGCCUACAUAGCAUCUAAAGCUCACGUGAAUCUAUCGACUUUCUUUAAAGCCAUCCUUCCUACAGCAGCAGUGGGAGUGGCCAUCAAUAUUGGUCUUCUCUACGUAUUGUCUUGGAGACUAGGUCUGCUUGGUAAACCGGACAAAUACGACUCGGUCAAAAGAUCUAGCGACGACGGACGAUCAGAAAGACAGAAUAGAGACAUCGACGCAGCAAUAGAAGGAAGACGUUUGCGCCAAGGGUCACACGUGUCGUCCUACAGUAUCUCGAUGGUCCAAUCGGGACAACACUAUGACACCCCUCAACAACGCGCACGUCACGAGACCGACCCACUUCUUUCCUCCCGUAGAGAGGCAGAAGUCGAAUUGAGCGGCCGUGCGUACCUACCGUGGACACCCAAACGCAAAAUCUUAGCCGGAUGGCUUGCGUUCAUCAGUCUCACUGUCAUCUGUCUGCUCGCCGUGCCCGAAUACGUUGCCUACUUCAACUUGGGUCUCAUUCCUAUGGGAGCCGCCAUCAGCAGCAUGAUGGUAGAUGCCGUUCUCAACAAAAUCAACCCCAAUAUCACCAUCAUGGCAGUCGAUUGGACCGUCAUCGUCAUGUUUAUGGGUCUCUUCGCUUGGGAUGAAGGUUUUGAGGUUACCGGCUACCCAAGGAAGUUGUUUGACUAUGGAAAACACUCGAUGAACGUCCACACCAUUCGUGGAAUCGCCAUGUUUAGUAUCUUCGUGACGAUCGGAUCUAACGUUCUCAGCAACGUCCCACUCGUUAUUCUCCUGAUCACCAAGCUAUCUUGCCUUCCUGGGACUGACGCUUCGACAGGCAGUCUACCAUUGGAGGGAUGCCUGCUCGCUUGGGUAUCUACCGUUGCAGGAAAUUUCACUCUUAUAGGUAGCGUAGCCAACCUAAUUGUGGCAGAGAAAGCUAAGAGCACGAUUGGCUACAGACUGGGAUUUUGGGAUUAUUUGAAGUUUGGUCUGCCAUCGACCAUACUGAUUACAACCAUCGGACUACCUAUUGUAGCGUCGCUCGCGAUCGCUUGAAGGUGGACAAGGAAUUUAGUUAUUAUUCUCUAUUAUACGUUUGUUUGACAAGUGUUCUUGCUUCAGCGUUGAACAACUCUCGUUAGUUCUGUGUUUUUGUACGUAUAUGUUAAAACAUUAAUUAAGUUAUUUUUGCCACAAUCACGCCUUUCAAACUGAAGAGUCAUGAGAAUUAAUGGGUUCGCUAUUAGAGUGACUCUCAAGAUACUUGAUGAUUGGACAUUCUAACUUGAUAAAUUACAUUACCUGAAAAAAUUUACACGUAAUGUGUCUACCUAAGUGCAGCCACCACAAAUUCAUCA